GCAGCUUGCUCUCCGUUGCCCGUCGGUGUUGCUGCUGUUGCUUUGCUGUUCCUUCCAUACUUCCAUUCCAUUCGGUCUCGGUCGGCCCGAUAGUCGCAGCCAAACCGUUGUGUGUAACGCGUCACGCUAGUGCAAGGAACCGCCGCUUGUGAAGGAAUUCAGUGCGCCUGCCAACGUCAGUCCUCCGCCGGUCCUCCGCCGCCCCAUCCAGGCCGUCCAGGACCUCUGGAAUACUCAUCGCCGUCCACGAAGCCGACGCCGCCGACGAGUACAGAACCAUGUCGACCCCCGCACUCAACGAACUCCCGAAGGUGGCCGUCGACCUCAAGAGCCAGCUUGAGGGAUUCGACACCAACAACAUGAAGCAUGCCGUCACCCAGGAGAAGUCGGUGCUUCCCACUGCCGAAGAUGUUAAGCAGGAACGGCAACACAACAACCUGAUUCAGGAUGUGGAGAACUUCAGCCCUGACCGGCUGAAGAGAGCUGCCACUCAGGAGAAAUUUGUGCUACCAAAUGCACAAGAUCUUGCCACAGAGAAGACCCAGAAGGCCCUCAUCGAUGGUGUAGAAGCUUUCGACACGAGCAAGCUGAAACCCACAGAAACGCAAGAAAAGAACCUUCUCCCUGACAAAGAUGUUGUCAAGCAAGAGAAGGAUCACCAAAACCUGCUGAAUGGUGUCGAACACUUUGAUAAGUCAUCCAUGAAGCACGCCGAAACUCAGGAGAAGAACCCUCUGCCUGACCCUGCAGCCAUCGAACAGGAGAAGGGACAGCAGAAGUUGAUUGCUGGCAUCGAGAACUUCAACCCCAAGUCAUUGAAGCACACCGAAACCAAAGAAAAGAACCCCCUGCCUACCAAGGAAGCGAUUGCCCAAGAAAAAGGCGCAUAAGUAGUUCCGUGAAGCCAGGACGGCCUCCAGCAGCAUGCUGGCAUGCUUAUUGUGCAAGAAGAGAGAAAGCUCAACUGAAAACAUUUUUUAAGAUUUUGUACUUUUGUCGUAACUUUCUUAAACACUUUGUUUUGCUAUAAAAUAUAUCCGGCCGACUUUCUGUAAAGAAAUUUCCCUUGCUGUUUUGUUAAGAUUUAUUGAUAGAUACAUUUAGGCUAUUGUUUCUCAGUGCUUCCCAAUGAGUCAGUCAUUGUAGGCUAUCCUACUUUAACCACAAUCUUCUAUUUGUCUUUACUUUUACCGCUAACUCUAAUUUUAAGGAACUACUUUUUAUAUAUGGUAGCGUUGAUGAAUUUUGUACGAAGCUUCUUUUAGAUUUCAUAUUAUUAUAUUUAUUCAGUCAUGUUUGCUGUGGCUCAUGUCAGCAAAACUGCAUAAAAAAUUUUCUGGAAAAGCAUAGUGAUCAUUGCUUUGAACUAUUCUCUGAAUAAAAAUAAAUUAAAACCCAACAUGUACCAAA